AUGUCGGGUCUCCUCGCAUUCGUCCUGCUCGUCACGGGCAUGGGCGUCGGCACGCUCAUCUGCGGCCUCAUACCGCUCUCGCUUCCACUUUCACACCGCAUGAUGCGCAUCCUCGAGGUGUUCGGCGCAGGCCUCCUCGUCGGCGCAGCUGUCACGGUCGUCAUCCCAGAAGGCGCCAACGCGCUCUUCGCGCACGUCACGCCUGCGUCACAGCCUGCAGUUGCCUCUGCUGCGCGUGCACCGGUGCUUGCAACCAGCUUGCAACCCGCCUAUCAUCCUGUUGGUGCAUCUCCCAGUGUCGAACAACACCAGGGCGAGUCAUGGGCGUGGUCCUUUAUCACAAAACGAGACGAGCCACCAACCGGCGACCACGAUCACGAUCACGAUCACGACCACGACAAAGACAGCCAUGGAGCGGACAAGAACACGUUCACCGCAGCCGAUGCAGGACAUCGCCUGGGCUCGAGCAUCCUCUUUGGUAUCGUGCUCAUGUAUGUCAUCGACCAGUUCACCUCGGGCUCCGGCAGCUCCACGGAAACACACGACGGCUCGUCACAUACGCACGGAGGGCAUCACCACCACGACUACACCGCUACCCCACAACGACCGCGUCUCGAGGCACAUCGCCUCUCCAAGUCGUUCCAUCACAAGACCGAGGGCGGCGGCGCCGCUGCACGCCCGCUGCACAAGAUGAGCAGCAAAGCAUCGUUCGCCAUCUUUGAUCGCGCCGAUCACGGCGUCGCUGAGGACGACGAGGAGGCACGGAUCGGCUCUGCCAGCGCGCCGGACGCAUCCGCACACGACGAAGCGCACCGCCGCGUCGACAGCAUCGUCACCACCUCGAGCAGCAGCGACACCGACCUCCCCGAAGACUAUGACCACCACGACGCCUCCCUCUACCCGAAUGCCGACUUUAAGCGUUUCAACGGCUCGAGCACCAAUGUGGCCGAUCUGGAAUCGCCGUCGGCAGGUGCACCGCUGCUGCGGCGGCAGGACACGGCUACGAGUGUGGCCAGCGGGCCACGGCCGCGUUCGAGGCGCAGCCGUUCGGUGUCGUCGGUGCGCUCGGUGCACACGAGCUUUGGGCAGGCGCUCACCACGAUUGUCGGGCUGCUCAUCCACGCCACCGCCGACGGCAUUGCGAUGGGCGCAUCCGCGCAGUCGGGCGACAGCACGCUCACCAUGGUGGUGUUUAUCGCCAUCAUGGUGCACAAGGCGCCCGCGGCGUUUGGGCUGUGUGCCAUGCUCAUGGCGCAGCGUCUGUCGCGAACCAGCAUCCGCAAGGCUGUCGCCGUCUUUGCGUUGGCUGCGCCCGUGGGGGCGCUGCUGACGUAUGCACUGCUCGCACUGUUCUUCGAUGUCGACGUCGCAGCGGUGCCCGAGCGGGUGGCAGCACAGGCCGAGGGCAUCGAUGGCAAGUCGAUCGGUACUGCGCUUGCCUUUUCGGGCGGCACAUUCCUCUUUGUCGCAUUCCAUGCCGUGCUCGAACUCGCCGGGGCCGAUGCGGAUACGGUGGUGAGGCCGGGUGUGGCCGGGGACGAGGAGGUGCAGAUCCUGGGCAAAUACCUCAGAAUCGUACUGCUCAUCGCAGGCGCCUGCACCCCGAGAUUCCUUCAGUCGCUGCUCACGGGUCUGGGCGCCGAGCACCAUCAUUAG